AUGGACCUCCCACCAGUGAUCACCGAUCCUUCUUCCCGCCCCCUCUCUUCCUCUUCCUCUUCGUCCCUCGCUUCGUUCUCUUCUGUUCCUGUCGGAGCCCCCGAGGCGGACCAGCUGGGCUCUGCCUCGCCGCCUUAUCUCUUCCUCGACUCGCUAUGGCUACCGUCGUCCAUUGACCUUCUAGCUGCGCGUCUCAAACUUCUUCACCUGCGGGCGGAACGGGACGCUCGGUGCCUCUCCUCAGCUUCUCCCUCUUCUUCUCUCUCUACCUCUCCUUCUGCCCAUCUAGCUGCGCGUCUAGUUUCGUCUGAUACUUGCAAAGGUGGGGGGGUGGGGCAACGAUUUGACCCUGAAGCGAGACCGGCGACAGGCGUGAAGAAGGACGAGGCGACUGGAGCUCAACUGCAUGCAGCCAUACAAGCCUUCGUAUUUCGACCGGGAAACGCCUUUCCGAAAGACGCGCUUCCUUUCUCUUCUUCGACAGCCUACCGCCCCCAGCAUGUUUCUGUGAAAGCGGAGACAAAAGCGGUAGACGCCGCACUCCGAAGCGUUGUCGUCGGACGCAGCGGCGUCGACUCCAAGCCCCGCGCAAGCGCGUCUGCAUGCACGAGCUGCCUCGGACCUGAAGACGUUGCGCGGAACAGAGAAUAUGGAGACAAAAACGGGGAGGAGAACGGUAAUGCGGACGCUAAAGACGGAGGAGGCGAAGCAAAAGCUUUCGAUGGUCCUUCCAGGAAAGGGGGAGCUUCGGGAGACGAAGCGCGCGUCUCCAGAGAGAGGUCGGAAAAACAAGACGGCUGGGCGAAGAGAGAAGAGACGGAAGACACAUGCGUUGUCCUCCCUCGGCUUAAAACUUCUCACAUCAAGGGGCGAGAAACGAUUCGAGGCCUCAACGUUCUUCUUCACUAUUCCAGCGCUCUCCCGCCUCAGAAGGAAGUGAUGGCUGCCGUCAUCGAGGCCUGCCAAACGGAGAGACACGCUAUCAUCGAGAGCCCCACAGGAACGGGAAAGACGGCAGCCCUCCUUUGCGCGGGCCUUGCGUGGCAGAGAGAAGCCCAAAGGGAGGCUCAGAGCAGAAGUAUCGGGCGCAUUAUUUACUGCACACGGACGCAGAAGCAAGCCUCGCAGGUGAUUGCAGAACUAAAGAAGAGCCCGUACCAGCCCGCUGCGGUCCAACUCGCUUCGCGCUCGCAUCUCUGUCCCUACAUGAAUCCUUCUCUCCGUUCGUUUGUCCUCUCCACCGCUUCAAGACAUCUUUCCCGAGACCGUCCUUGUUCCUCUUGUCCCUCCCGUUCUUCUUCUUCCACCUCUUCCUUCUCUUCUUCCUCUCGGUGUUCCUCUUUCUCGUCUUGUUCCUCUGUUGGCCCCGGGCCGCAUUCGGCUGUCCCUCAGAAGACCGAGGAGAGAGGAGAAGGACGCAGUGGAUGUGGGUCAGAACGCGGAGAGACGAAGAGAGAAGAUGCGUCUUUCGUCAAAACCGAAGAACGGAAUGAAGCCCUGAAGCGCCGGGGCGAGCAAGAGAACGGACGCCAGUGGCUGACGCCAAAGAGACUUCUUUGUGGCAAACAAGGCCCUUCGAGUGCGUCGCGUUCGCGCCCCGCCCGAAAAGAGAAGAAGUAUGUCCAGUGCUCUCUCGACUCGCUCCUGAUAACGGGGAAGCCUCAGGGAAGAAAGAACUUUCGGGAAGAGUCCAAGGAAACCCAGCAAGGCGAUGCUUGCGCACGAGGCGCCUGGAUCUGCGCGAAACGCAGAAGAGAGUCGCCGUCCUCAGUCGACGCCGGCAACUUCCUCCGCAAGCUUCUUCUUCUCCCCGUCUGUGAACCCUCCGACGCCUCCAUAGCCUCAGCGCCCUCGCGAUUGGUGGAGGACGACGAGUGCCGACAAUCGGGGACGCGUGUCGACACCUGGCGACGAAAAGCCGGGCGGUUUCGUGACAGAAGCGAAGCCGACGGCUUCGCGUUUCUCCUCGACAGACUUCUCGGCUUCGCCGUGGACAGCUGCGCCGCUCGCGAGAGAGCCGGAGAGACAGAGAGCAACCGAGGAGAUGGAGGAGACCGACGCAAGGUGGAACAGAUCGACGAACGAGAGAGAGAAAAAGAGAGACAGACAGAGGGAGAAGACACAGAGAGCGAGGCAGAAGUGUGCGAGGGCGGCGGCGCCUGGUGGCGGCUGAGGCGACAGCCGGAGUUGCCGAAGAGGGCGAAACUCAGUCAGGCAGAAGAGAGGGGGAGAGAGUUUGGAAGUCCUUCUCUCUCUAAGAAGCACUCCAAGAACGCCGAGGAGAGAAAUCGGCGACUCCGGGACCAUGCGCUGGAUCAGCCUGACGGCUGGCUCUGUCCGUUUUAUGUUCGGUUGGGCGAGAGACUCUUCGCGGAGCGCCUGUUCGAGCGCGCACGACCGGGCCUCGCGCUUUGCUCCCAGGCCGAGGGCGCGAAGACAGCCGUUUUCCAGGCCGAGAACGACCGAGAAAAGGAGCCUGGCGAAGCGAGCGAACGAGGUGUCGCCCCGCCGAACGCGAUACCAGCAGAAAUGACAGAGGAAGAAAAGGGCCGCUCGAAACCCGGCGAAGAGUUGAGUGACCAAGAAGGGGGCGCGAUGGACAUUGAGGAACUCGCAAGAUUUACUCUCACAUCCUUCUGCUCUCAACCGUCCGACAGGAGCGGCAACUCUGCCUCCCGCUCGAAACUCUUUGAGAAAAAGAGACAACUCUUCGCCGCUGCCGGCGCCUGUCCGUACCACGCAACUCUCGCCCUCCUUCCCAUGGCAGACCUCGUCGUCUGUCCCUACAAUUACGUCUUGGAUCCAGGCGUGGCGGCCAGCUCGAAGCUCAACGACUUGCUGAAAGGUUCGGUCAUCAUUUUUGACGAGGGCCACAACGUGGAGUCGAUCUGCAGAGACGCAGGGAGUCUCGAUUUGCAAAUGCAUCGGAUAACCGCGCUCUUUCACUGGGUGGAGGCGAUUCGGGGCUACGUGGCAAGACAACUUGCUUCUUCAGGUUUUCCACCGUCUUGCUCCGCCUCAAGAGAACCCACUCCGUCUGAAGACUUGGCUUCUGUCGCCUCCACGUCGCCGCCUCCUGAGUCCCCGCAGAGUGUCUCUUUCGUCCUCUCUGUCUCUUCAGCGCCAGGCCACGCACCAGGCGACGUCGAAACGGAGGCCAUGCGCCGCUUGGUCUCUGCGUCUCUCCCCGCUCUCCUCGACUUUCUAGGGCGCCUGAUUCGCGUGGGAGAGAAGGCGACGCGAAGUCCGGACGACCUCGCGAGGGCCAUACAGCGGGACGGAGGCGACUUGGGUGCAGAGCUGGCGUGGAGGCGACGAGGGAGGCCGUGUGUAAGUCGCGGAAGAGGAUGCGAGACUGCUUGGCAGACAGACAGGGUGCUGAACGAGAUUGGCGGAGAGGAAGCAGACACCAUGACGGUGACGCUUGGCAGGUGGGGUGGAGAGAUCAAGCACCGAGCCGUUGGGCCGGGGGUUUCGCCUUGGUCUCGGUCGUCUCCUUCGUUUCUCGCCUCCGCUUCCACGUCUUCUGUUUCGAGUGCUGCUGCACGCUUGCACUCGCGUUUCUCUGCAGAGUCUUUAGAUGGCUGUUUGGACUUCCUGCUCGAGAUGGGCGUGGCGCGCGAAGAGGCGGCGACGUACGGUGAGAAGGUGAAGGCCGCGGUGGACGAGAUUCACCGUCUGCUGCUUCUCGCGGAUCCUUUGCAGGCGUCGAACGCGACGCGAGACCAGGCAAACUGGGGAGACAGCCGCGAGAUGAGGGAACUGGAGAAGCUAGUAUACAUUUUCUCUCUCCUGACCGCGCAUCCCAACUGCUACCAAGUGCGCCUCGCUGCAAAACUGCCUGAGGAGGAGGUCGAGCGCCUUUUGCUUUUCCGUCGGGAGGCGUCGCGCGGAUCUUGUCAGCCAGCAGGGUUGUUCAGGGCCGACUCUGAGUGGAGAGAAGCCAAGGCGGAAUUUCCAGGGACAGCCGCCGGAGGGGACGAUCUCGAGCAGGAGAGCAAAAGUGCAGAGAGUGGCGAGCGCGGGCAAGACUGGAGGUUCAGGAACCUCCUGAAGAACGUGUCUCUUCACCUGUGGCUCCUCGCCCCCGCCGUCACCUUUGAAAGGAUCAGCCAACAAGCGAGGGCCGUCAUCGUUGCGUCCGGCACUCUCGAACCCAUCGAGUCUCUCAUGUCAGAGCUGGGGCCUUCCUUCGCGCGACGGCUGCUGCCCUCGCCGGUUCGGGCGAGUCACGUCGUGGCGCCUGCGCAACUUGCCAUCGCCUGUCUGCAAACGAUGCCAGUCGGAGACUCUACUUUUCACUUUCGUCGCCGAGAUUCCUCGAACUCUCAAGGCCUCGGACCUUCCUCGUCCUCUGCGCCUGCUGCGUCUCCUUCGAGACUCACCAACUCAACGCAGAGAUCGUCUUUUUCCUCGGCUUCCUUCUCGUCUUCUUCCUCUGCUCUCUGUUCUUCCCAAGGUCCACGCCUGUCGACUUCCCAGCUUGGGUCGACUCACGGCGAUGGGCUGUCGCUUUCUGCGUCCGCCUCUGUCGGUCGACCCGCGGGGUCUCCGGGGAGGUCUGUGCCGCUGGAGUGCUCGAGUCGGCAGUUGACGAAUCCUUCUUUUCUUCUGCAUCUGGGCUGGUGCAUUGUGCGUCUGGUGCAGGCGAUUCCGGGGGGCAUUCUCGUGUUCUUUCCCUCCUUCAGCAUGCUUCAGAAGGCGCAGCGGCUCUGGAGCGGAGGCUCGCAGAGGCCCGAGAGCCGGCAGCGACGCGGCGCCUCUUGGAGAAGCUUCGCCGCUUCUGCGGGACCUGCAGAGAAGAGACCGUUCGGAAGUCGAGGAAACGCAGAGCCUGACCACGCUCCGUCUGUCUGGGCGGCACUCCAAGAGCUGAAGAAGACUGUCAUCGUCGAGCGGGGAACAGAUGUCCUCGGAACCGUUUCGUCUCGCGCUUCUGACGCGUUGGGAUCCGACGCAGAGGUGCAGGAAGACUCGCGGAGGGGAACUGGAGGAGAGAGCGAGAGAGACCCCAAAGAGAUGUUUUGCGAGAGCGUCGACGAAAGAGGACACGCACUCAUGCUCGCCGUUUACCGCGGAAAAAUGAGUGAGGGCUUGUCGUUCAAUGACGCGUACUGCCGAGGCGUCCUCUGCAUCGGCAUCCCGUACCCUGCGUUGAGAGACCCGAAGAUCGAAAGCAAAAUGAAAUUCAACGACGCACUUCACGCCCUCAGUCUCUCUCCGGAACACCUUCUCUCUUGUGCUUCUGACAUGGCAACUGCGGACAGAACAACUUCCGCUCGCCCCCCAAAUGCUUCUCUCUCCUCUCCCGCGUCUCUCGCGUCUCCCGCUUCCCUCUCUUCUCUCUCUUCCUGCGGUUUUCCGCCUCAAGCGACGCGCGCCUCAGAGGCUGAGCGCGAAAAACGAACGCUUUCCACCUGUGCGGCGGAGCCCGUGAAGACCGGAGGGAAGGAGAGCCGUUGCAUGGGCAGGGAGGACGGACAAAAUCCCUUCGUCGCGACGGCCGCGCAGGCAAACGGAACGGAGAAGGACGCGAAACCGACGGCCUGGCUCGACGGCAGAAGGUGGUACAUCAUUCAGGCCUACAGGGCUCUCAACCAAGCGAUUGGGAGGUGCAUUCGGCACAAACAUGAUUACGGCGUCGUCAUUCUCCUCGACUCUCGACAUGCGUUCCCUUCCUCCUCAAAAUGCGCUUCCUUCGCACCGGCUUCUUCCUCUUUUUCCUCGCUCUCUUCCUCUCUCUUCUCUACUUCCUCCUUUUCUUCGUCUGCAGUCUCCCUUGGGAGGCCAGGCCACGGAGUCUUCCCCCAGAGGCUGCCAGAGAUGGGCGCAUCUUCUGCGCUUUUUUGUCGCUGGUUUUCCCCUCACCUGCAGAGCCUCACGAGUUGCGAGUCGCUCGUUCAAACACUCCGCGCCCACUUCUCUAUCGCCCCGCGCGUCGCCGCCCACAUGCACCUCCUUGCCGCUGCUGUCCCGAAGUCCGCCGCAAAAACUGUUUCUGCUGCAUGCACUCCUCUGCCUGCUCACGAACAGCAACGCGGCGGCAGCAUCCAGAGAGAGACUGAGGACAGUGGGUCGCGAGGGGAGAGGAAGGCGGCGUCUGUCGAGAGCGAAGCGAGAAUUGGCAAAGAGAACGAACCGGCGAGCGCAUGCGGGGGCGGACCGGGACCAAACCGAAGUCCGGACUUGAGUCAGCUUUCUUCACAGAGCGCUUUGCAGGCCUUGUCACGUUCAGGCAGAGAUCUCGUUUUUCCACCUCUUUUGGUGAGGGUGAACGACACCAAAGGAGAGGCGAGGGGAAGAGAAGUGAAAGGAGAGAACGGACAAAUGAAAAGUGAGGAGAGCGAAGGAGAAUCCACAGUAGAGACGAUCGCUGGCAUUCCUGCGUUUGCCUCUUGGCAUCGGGGCAAAACUGCCACACAGUCUUUCGCACCUGUUUCGCGAGCUGAGCUGGGCGGAGGAGACUCAGAGGUUUGCGGGAGCGGGAAAGGGGGGAAGGCGAAGGAAGAGCGAAACGAAGAACUUCAAGAGGCAACUCAACAACGCAAACCCUCUGAAGGGGAGAGAGAUCCGACGCUCAGCUGGGACGAGUCAGGCGACUCGACGGAGACAACGGAAAAAGCGAAGGCAGUCGCGGCGGAAGAAGGCGAAGGCUCAGAGGAAAACGGAGACAGAAGCCGCAGCACACAUCCAACAGCAGCAGAGGGAAUGCAGGAGGGUGGAGAACGGCUAGAAAGCAUGAAAAGAAUGAAGACACACAGUUGGGGAGAGCAAGAGGAAGAUCGGGAGGACCUGGAGGACAUCCUCGCAGCUCUCUAA